GGUUGUUAUAAUGAGACUGUGGUAAACUGAAAAGGAUUUUGUUUUCUACUAACGAUGUGUGCAUUUGAUUACUUAUUCUGCAACACUCAUCAUUCUCUCAUUAACAAGGAGACCUAUAACCCAGGGUCUGUACAGCAUGUCUCGAGAAAACUCCGAAGUAGAGACCCAGAAUGGCAGGAGAUGGUUUAUUAUUAUAAGAAGUCAGUCGACUGGAAGGAUCAGAAUGAGAGGAGUUUCCCCUCUGGUGAAAGAGGAUCACUGGCUGCCCUCUACACUGAACCUGAGAUUCAAAGAGGAUAUCAUAAUAUCAGUAUAGAGAGGUUGUUUGGAUAUUUACCUGAAUCUUUCAUUCUCCAUGGAAAUUCUGGUAGUGGAAAAUCUAUCAUAGCGCAAAAGGUUAUGUUGGACUGGGCAUCUGAAAAACCUUACCUUAAAAACUUUGAUCUGGCUUUCAGUCUGAGGUACGAUGAGUUGAAAUGUAUUUCUGAGGAGAUGAACUUGAUUGAGCUCCUGAGUUUGAACUGUAGUUUAACAUCAGAUCAGAUCUCAAUGAUGUUAGAAAACUCUGAGAGCGCUCUUCAACAGAGAGUGCUCUUCAUAAUUGAUGGACUUGAUGAUUUCAAUUAUAUCAGUGAGUUUGAAUUAAUGCGUUAUGAACUUUGCAUAUCAUCCAUAUUCCAGAAAGCUCCACCUGAGGUUGUUGUUUGUUCCUUGCUUCUUAAAUCAAUCCUGCCCAGCUCUCUCUUCCUCAUAACUACUAAAACUAAGGUCCCACAGGGCCUGUUUUUUACAGUAAAUUACUACUACAUUAGGGUUCUAGGUUUCUCUGAGAACAGGGUAGAAGAGUAUUUCCAGAAGUUCUUCCAGAAUAAGGACCUCUUCAGGAGAGCCUACGAAUGUGUGAGAUCAAACAAAAGUCUUUUCAAAGUGUGCUCCAUCCCUGUAAUCUGCUGGAUCAUCUGCACGCUUCUGCGAGAGAGGUUAAGUGAUGGUGUUGAUGUGACGAGUGGAUUGGAAACCACCACCUCUGUCUACACUGACUUUGUGUCGACUCUACUGGAGCGUCACUGCCAGGGUCAGUCCAUCCCGAGCCUAGUGAGGAGCCUGGGUCAGCUGGCAGAGAGAGGGAUGCUGGAACAACAAGUGCUGUUUGAUGAGAAAAGUGUCCAUGAAACAAUCUCAGACCCAGCUGGCAGUCCAUUCCUGUGUGAGAGAAGAAUCGGCCAGGAGACCAUGUUCAGUUUCUUGCAUCACAGCUUUCAGGAGUUCUUCACUGCUCUAUAUUAUGUCCUUCUGGAUGAAGACGAGUCGAAGAGGAAAGUGAGCAAGCUGCUUCACACUGUAGAGAGAGGAUGGGCUUUGUCUCGUAUGUCUGGAAGAGAGACAGAUUUAGAAACUGGCCGUUCAAGUCUGCUGCAGCCUGUGAUUCUGUUUCUCUGUGGUCUCUGUACGAAAGAAGGGAUCUCUUCAUUCUUUAAAAAGCACAACAUGGCUGUCUCUGGCAAUAUAGAAACCCAGCUUAAGGAAUGGAUCAAUCAGUGUUCACGGAGAUAUCAAAAUAAACACAUGUUGUUCAUUCUCCACUGUCUCUGUGAGCUCCAUGAGAAGAGUUUUGUUGGGAACGUUUUGGAGCGUUUAGAUUAUAUAGAUCUGUCAAACAUUCUCCUGAAAGAUGAAGACUGCUGGACGUUGCGGUUUUGUUUUGAGAACUGUGCUAACAUUGGCAAACUGAGACUCAAUAUAAAAUCUGACAAUCUGAAGAUUCUUCAGUCUGCACUGUGCCGUUAUGAAGAGAUAUGGUUGCAGGUGGACCACAUUACAGAUGAUACUAGGGAUUUGAUCUCAGCUUUUGGUGAAGGAAAGAUUGUGAAAGAGCUGAUAAUACAGGAGCGAGAAACUUCAAGAGCCCGUUUAAAAGAAGCGAUCAAAAGCUUGAUUAUUACAUCAGUUAAUGAUGAAGAUGUCACAGUUUCAUCUUCAAAAUCAUCAUUUUCAUUGUUAAUUUCAGAAUUAACACGCCAAGAUAUUUCCACUGUCAACUGGACAAGCUUCCUGCAGAAACUCAGAUUAACCAGCUCUCAGGUUUCACGAAGAAUCAACACUUUCCUUCUGGAUGAGUCUGUGUCUGGUUUAAAGAAAGUCGAUUUGCAGAUCACCAAAUUUACUGACACAUGGACCGACACAAUUCUCUCGCUUCUCCGGGGAUUACCCAGUCUGAACGAACUUAAAAUAAAUUCGGCAGUUUCAUUCAUUCCAGAUAAAAUGAGACAAAUUCUGGAGAAAUCAUUGAAUCCAACAGGUUGGACCCUGACUUUUUGGAGGAAGACAGUGUUGAUCGAGCGAAACAGGAAGAGUUUCACAGAAGAGGAGAUGGAGACAUUUACUGAGAGAGCUGAACCACCUUCAGGACAAUCAUGCUCAGGUGAUGCAGAAGUGUUCACACCUGAAUGUGUUCAGCAAGAUGAUAAAGACAACCACAAGACAAUAUACAGGUUUUUGUGUCCCCAUGCUGGUCAGUUUUCUUGCAGUCUGACCAGCCUUGUGUUUGUGAUGGGGAGUGAAGGAGAGGUGCGGUAUAGACUUGUAUCAUGGGAUCCUCGUCAGUUAGUUGGUUUUGAUCAAAUGAAGCCUGCAGGACCCUUGUAUAGCAUUGACUGUUCCAGCGGCUCAAUCUCAAGACUGCACCUUCCUCACUGUGAAAUAUUCUCUGAGGAAAAUAAAGACAGUUUGGCUGUAGCACAUUUCACUGGCGGUAAUGUAGAAAUAAUGAAGCCCCUGCAAGUGAAUGAAACUCAUGCGAUGAUUGACAUCGGGGAUCUCUCUCUAUUUGGGCUCUUGAAAAGGAUGCUCUUUCCUCCUUCUCCUGUCGCUGCCCAAUUGCUUUUCUUUCUACGACCAGUAACUGCGAGACAGAGAGAAAACAUACUAGAUGUCCAUUUGCUCCCACUGAAUGUUCCACUGUCAGAGGUGAAGGACCAGCACAAGGAGAACACAUUUAUUAAAACCAGUUCAAAGUCCUCUCUCACCCCGGGAUCACAAUACAGUCUGUGCUGUGAGACAAAAGGAUCUACAGUGCAGCCUGAGACCGAGAUCUUUGACUGUAAUUUUGGUCCAAACUUUCAUCCCACAUUUGAAGUGUUUGUAGACGUCAACACUGAGGAGGUCAGUCUGAGUCUUUCAGAUGAAACCGAAGGAAAGGAAGUAUGGCUUCCACGACGAAUCCUUCUCGCAGGUAAAGAUUCAGACCCGCUGCUCACAAAGGGCACAAAGAAAGUGAAUUUUUGAAAGAAACGCAGAAAGGAUCUUGUUCAGAAGGUUUCAUCGGUGAUGGUGAUUGCUGAUGGGCUGUUGGCCAAAAAAUGAUUCGGUUGAAAAGUACAGUGAAAUUUAUAAAGAGAAAACAUCACAGGCGAGAAUGAGACUCUUGUUGGAUGCUGCCGAGUCUGAAGGAGCUGCUGUAAAAGCGGAGACCUACAGACUGCUGAAGGAGGAGGAACGUUUUCUAGUAGAUGAACUGGAGGCUGGACCCAGUGGAGCACAGUAAUGCUGAGAGAAACGCCAGUUUGGGAACCAAGGGCUUCUUUAUAUAUAAAUAGUCAUCCAGAUCAUCGUAGUUUUCUCUAAACCCCGUUUGCAAGCACUCAGGUCUUUGAAAAUGGAUCAUCCUAUAAUAAUCCGGAUAGUAGAGAAAGCGGACAUUUUAAAGAGACAAGAAUUCAACAUUGCUUUUUGUUGGACACCAGGACGUUUGGGGUUGCUGAUGAAACGGCAGAAGAAGCACUCCAGCUCAAAGUAGCAGAAUGCAAAAUGCCAGCGACUGAUAUAAACCCUUUAUUGAAUCAGGAGGUUAAUAAUAAAUGGCAAAUGGAGUGGAAUGAAUGUAUACAAAACAAACUAUGAGCUAAACUCAUCAUUGAAUCGAGGGAUAACUUUUUAUGAUCAGGUUGUGUAUGCAAGAUGUCGAAUAGGUCAUACAAGACUCACUCCUUCUUGUCUUUUAAAAGGUGAAGAGGGACCAG